UCACCUCUGAUUCAAAUGUACCUGAAUCUGCUGAAGCAUGAUGAAGACCAAAAUAUUUUUAUAGCCAGCAAGGCCUGUGUUUGUCUUUUGGCUAGGAUUGUUAAGGAUGAUGUCCUGAAACCCGUGAUAAAUUUUAUCGAAGGAAAUUUUUCGAAUUCUGAUUGGCAGUCUCGUAAAGCUGUAGCCCAUGCCUAUUGCUUAAUUCUUGAAGGGCCCAGUAUCGAGAAACUUUUGGGAGUAGUAAAACCAACAUUAUAUAUUCUACUUCUUCUAAUGAAAGAUGAAAUCGAUCAUGUAAAGUACACAACUGCAUGUACUCUCAGUCGUAUGUUUGAGUUAUUGCAUUCUCCUGGAUAUUCUCUUAUACCUCUCAAAAAUUUUGGAUUUUCAAAAAGAGUUGUCGUCAUUCUGUUGGAAAGCUUAGAAUGUGCUCCUUGUAUAUCCAAAGAGAUAUGUAGAUCUAUAUGUGCCAUUGCUCGUACAAGUGCAUUUCUGUUGUCUUCUGAUCUUCCCAAUAUUGUAAAAUCUCUUGUACAAACUGCAGGUAGAAGAGAUGGUGACUCUGAACUCCGUGUUGUUGCAUAUGAGACCUUGAGGGUGGUGAUUGGAUAUUCUGCUGAAAAAGAUUUCUGUGAAAUAAAAGAUCUGCCUGCUGUUAUGUUCGAGUUGUUAGAGACAGCUGUGCUUAAAACUGGAUCAUCAGAUGAUAGGGAAAUACAAGAACAUUUGCAAGCUUCAGAUUUACAAGCUUCGUUUUUUGGAGUCCUUCAAGUAAUUAUUCGGAGGAUGGGUGAUGUUGAUAACAUGGAGCCUGUCAUUCUCCAAGUUGGUGAUAAGGUAAUAUCAUUGUUCUUUGGUUCCCAAUGCAGUGGACGUAAAGUACAAAAAGAAGAAAUGCUUGUUAUAGGCGCUCUAGCUUGUGCAGCUAAAACAGAGUUUGUGAAAUAUAUGCCAGACUUGUACCCGUAUGUGUUAAUGGGGCUGCAGAAUGUAGAGGAAUAUCAGGCAUGUUCCACCUCAGUUGGUGUUGUUGGGCAAAUUUGUGUUGCUUUGCGUAAAGAGUUUCUACCGUACUGUUCUUGUAUCAUGAUCCGUUUGAAGGAUCUCACUAGCAGUGAAGUAAAGAAGUCAGUAACACCUAUUGUUUUCUUGUGCUAUGGGAAUAUAGCUAAAUCGAUUGGAGAACACUUUAAGAAUUACUAUCAGGAUGUGGUAAAAAUAAUGCAGGAUGCUUCAGAUCUGCAUGUCUAUUCGGACAACAGUGAUGACAUGGUUGAAUAUGGGGAUCGGCUGAGGCAGAGCAUAUUUGAGGCUUUUACUUGUAUAUUAAUAGGACUCGGUGAUUCCAAUGCUGAUUUAUUGUUGCCUUAUGUUCCUUACAUGCUGCAGUUAAUACAAAAACACAAACCAAGGGAUAAGGGACGUAUGAGAACAGCCGUCAAAUUGCUGAAGGAACUAGCUGUUUGUUCAAAAAUUAAGGGAUCACUGAAGGUGCAUUCUGAUAUAUUAUUAACAGAGCUUCAACAAUCGGACAAUGAGGAGCUGAGGCAGACUGCAGCUUGGACACAACAGGAGCUUGGUGGAACUCACUGAUUUGUUGAACAAAAAGCCUUCUCUUCUCUAAUUUCUUUUUCAUUAGUACUGAAGGUCAGCACAGCAUGUUAUUAAACUUGGCUCUAGUCUAGUAUCAUUCAGUUGCAAGUUUUUGGGAUGCAGAUAUGUACUGAUCAUUAUCAAAGUGACUACAAUACUAACUGUGCUUUAAUUCUAGAAAGAGGUUACCUAGUGGGAUUUAUGUGUUAACUUGGCAUAAGUAAGAAUCCAAAUCUAUCAAGAUCUUUUUUCUUUCACAAUUAUCUUGUCAAGUCUUUGUUAAUGCAAAUGGUGGGUUAAAUGUUAGGGUUGCUGUUGAUUCCGCACUCGGUUCUUGCCCCUAAAGUUGCAGUGAGAUAACUUUCACUUCCUUUGUAUACAUAUGCUGUCCUUUUAAGCAUUCUUCUUAGGACCUUUGCUUUCACCUUAGUUCAAAC